GUCGGCAGGGGCUCCCAGUGGACACCGCUGCUUUCCAAAAUACCAGUUACCACAACCCACUCGACCUGAAGGUUUCAGCAGUGUUGGCUUGAUGGGAUCCAGGCGGGUGACAAAGUGAUGGUCUGAGGACUCGCAGUCACAGAGGUGCUUGCGCGUGGAAUGUUGCGCUGGUCGGUGCACCUAGAAGGAGGGCCGCGGAGAGUCAACCAUGCUGCUGUGGCGGUGGGGCACAAGGUGUACUCCUUUGGAGGCUACUGCUCUGGGGAGGACUACGAGACACUCCGUCAGAUUGAUGUGCAUGUCUUCAACACAGUGUCUCUGCGCUGGAUGAAGCUGCCUCCAGUGAGGAUUGGAGGGGGACAUGAACGUGCCCGUGAAGUGCCAUAUAUGCGCUACGGCCACACCGCUGUGCUGCUGGAUGACAUUAUCUACCUCUGGGGUGGUCGUAACGAUACAGAGGGGGCCUGCAAUGUGCUUUAUGCCUUUGAUGUCAACACCCACAGAUGGUUCACACCCAAGAUUUCGGGGACCGUUCCAGGGGCAAGGGACGGCCACUCCUCCUGCGUCCUGGGAAAGGCAAUGUAUAUAUUUGGAGGCUACGAGCAGCUGGCUGACUGCUUCUCCAAUGACAUCCACAAGCUGGACACCAUCACCAUGGUUUGGUCAUUAAUUAAUCCCAGAGGCCCUCAGGCACGCUGGAGGGACUUCCACUCGGCCACUAUCAUCGGGACAAAGAUGUUUGUGUUUGGCGGGCGAGCAGACCUCUUUGGUCCCUUCCACUCCAACAACGAGAUCUACUGCAACAAGAUCAGAGUGUUUGAUACACAGACCAACUCCUGGCUGAGCACGCCUCCAACACAGCCGUUGCCAGAGGGACGCAGGAGUCAUUCAGCCUUUUCCUACAAAGGGGACCUGUAUAUAUUUGGCGGAUACAACGCUCGUCUGGACCGGCACUUCAACGACCUAUGGAAAUUCAAUCCAGAAGCCUUUUCCUGGACGAAGGUGGAGCCGAAGGGGAAAGGCCCAUGUCCGCGGAGACGGCAGUGCUGUUGUAUGGUUGGAGAUCGAAUCAUCCUCUUUGGAGGAACCAGCCCCUGUCCAGAGCAAGGGAUGGGCGACGAAUUUAACCUCAUGGAUCAUUCAGACCUGUAUAUCUUGGACUUCAGCCCUAAUUUGAAGACGUUAUGCAAAAUAGCUGUUAUUCAAUACAGUCUGGAGCAGUCAGGACUCCCACAUGAUAUCAGGUGGGAACUGGCAGCCAUGACUACCAACAGCAACAUCAGCAGGCCCAUCCUCUCCUCUCACGGCUGACACCGCUGAACGGGAAGCAGAAGCAGGACUGCUCGCUCCGUUUCAGGACACCAAGCUUUUAUCUUUCUAAUCAGCUUCGACGGACUGUUUUUUUGAGGAGUUUGGAUCUGUAUGCAGAUUCUAUUUUCUACACUCACUUCAAGUGACCAAAACACCCUGCGUGUGACUUCCCUGGACACCGCGAGCGCUCUCAUGUCUAUGGAUAUUUUAACGCCCGAGACAUUAGUUACGUGUGACAUAAGUUCUUCACACCUGUUCACCUUUUUGUCUUCUUUCUAGCCUCUCUAGAAAUCCAAUCAGCCUAUGAUAAUCAUAGACUUCUUAAGCACAGGAAGAGACAAGGACUUCAGCCAAAGGUCUUGAGAAGUAAACUCUUUGUUGAGGAUGUCGUCCUGAUGUCGCACUCGGCAGACCUCCCCAUAGAGACCAAUGUGAACCCCUUUUGUUUCGAGCUAUAAAGAGAUUGAGAAGGUCAUGAGAUUGUUUAUGUUGCCGCUCCAACGUGGUCGUAAAACCAUGGAACUGCUUCGCCCUUUGCAGAAAGUGAAGUAAUGUGGAGAAGACAUGCCUAACACAUUACUUGUUAUUACGUGUUAAAUGCAAGCGGUGUGAGUAUUGGGUAUGUCGUGUUAUGCUUGUUUGACUGACUUUCAAUGCUCCACUUUUACCUGCUUUAUCAGGUGUCUCAAAGGUGAUUUGCAGAGCAACUGAAGCAAGCCUUGUAAAACCAUCAUGUCCAUCUACCUCCGUCAAUAGUAUGUAUCAGUGCGUCUUUGACAAGACUUCCCAUACACUACUCAUCUACUUUUCCCCCAGAAAAAGAAAAAAAAGCCUUUUCCCGUUUAUAUUUGUGGGCGUGUGUUGUAUUCUUCCAAGAAAUGUUGUAGCGUCACUGGAAGAGUGGAACUCACCUGCUGUGCCCGCCCCCCGUUUAGCCUGCGGUUUGUUUUUCAGUGCCAAACGUAGAGGGGAAUCAUGAUGCAAAUAUGUACCGUGUAUGUGUGCGAGCACAUGGUCCCCGGAGACACGCGCCUGCCUCAGUGUGCCUGCUGUUGCGGGAGAGAAGAUCCCCAAUAUGCAUCCAGAAGUCAGCCUACACCAAUCUUCCUCUUGUAGACAAUCCGGCAGCGAUCCGACUCAUCGUGAUGCACUCAGUCACAGUUCAGUGAAACAACUGUGCGUUUGUGUACGAGCAAAGCUGAACAUGAACAGAUGUUGUUAUUAAGGGCUGUUAUUAGAAUACACACUCACCAGUCACCACACAGCUGGAAAAUGACUUGGGAUAAUGCAAAUUAAGUAUGUUUAUUCAGGGUGUUUUUAUUCCAAUCUCACAUUUUAGAUAAAAACUUUGAAAACACAGUAGCGGUGCUGGACUUUUUUUUAAGAACCUUUUAUUUUCACCCACUUUCGAUAAAUGAUGUGGGUGCCGAUACUCUAUAGUUUUGAUGAAGUCAAGGAAUACCAUAAAAAGACAUUUCUGAACCCCGUCUGUGGCUCUCGUUUGUUCCUACUGAACAGAUCGGUUUAUUAAUUUCCAAAAAGGAGUAAAUAAAGAGUUUUGUGGAUGACGGUGUAUUCAGGUUUGACUUUAAGUGAACUGAUUUUCAUUGUUGUGAAGAAAUAUUUCUCCCAGUCCAGUGCUGUGGCUCAUUUAUGUGUUUUUAAUUGUUUUAGGGUGACAGUUAAAGUCUGCAGUGAAUUUUAUCGGGCUUUGGAUACGCAGACAAUAUCUUUGAGAGAAAUUGCUGGUUUUGGUCUUUUUAAUGGGAUUUGUUGACAUAACGGAAAAAAACAGUAUGACUGGUGGUAUCCUUUGCAUCUUUUACUAAGUAAUAGGGCAUGACAUUGAAAUAAAUGACUUGUUGAGGAUGAAUAUAGAGGCAAAGGAGUUGUAUUUAUACUGCCUAUUUAUUUAGAUGUAAAUAGGAGCUGUUACCACACUUGUGAGCCGCAUCAAUGCUUUUCAGUCCCAGUCUUUGGGACAGCCUUUUCUCUCUGGCCAGAUAGUCCAAUUUAAUCUGUAUCAGUCCCUGAUUAGCUGGCCAGAAUGAAUCCCGCCCCCACACCUCCCCACGCAGGGCUCCGGGUCCCAAACAGUCGGACUGGAUAACACUGACCUACACGGUAAAUGUUUACAAAUCUGUGUGUUUCAUGCAUAGCAGUGUAAACAAUCCGAAACGCAGGUCGAAGUCACCAAAUAUCUGCACUAAAGCCAAUCGUGGCAUGACGGGCCUUAUGGAGAGACGACGUGUUGUCUGCCCAAACCAAGUCAGAAUUUAAUUUCUAGUCUCAUGCCUGGACGCUGUGCUCAGGCAUGGACAUAUCGCACACUUGAUAUUCCUCAGUACCCCGGUUACUCGGACGACACGCCAGCUAACAGGAUCAAACCACAGGGCAGCUAAUCGUGUUCACAAAAUGCUGGUGAGCAUUGUGAACAAAUCAAGCUCUUUAGUGGCCAUUGGCAAAAAAAAAUCUUUUUUUUCUUUUUCUCUUCUGCGUGGUGUGAAAGUACAUUUUUAUUUGCUCCUUGUUGCGUUUGAAGAUUGAGGGUGAUGGUAUUUACAGUCGAGAGCUUUACAGGAACAUGACAAAGUAAAUAUUUCGUAAAUGACAAUAGAGACUAGACACUCUGGUCAAAGAUCCAUUACCUGCACAACAAAUGUGCUCCGUGAUGGUCGUUCAAGGACGGCUAUGUGAAAGACGGGUUUUGGCCCAGAUAUAUGGCCACUGCGGUUUACAUUGCAAUGAUGUUAAACUUUCUCCUUGUUAUUUCUGAUUUGACUUUGAGGCUUCAGCAAACAGUUCCAACCUGGCAGGGUGCCAAACCCCUGCUUCUGUCAACAGAAGUGCAUCAUUAAAUUAAAGAGACGCUCGUUAUUGAGUGAGCAGUAAGUAUUUGACGAGCAGACAGAAGUACAAUAGCCAAACUGAGUGUAUUCUAUAUUUAGGGGCUGAUAGUAUCGGUUUGUAAUAAUUCGUAAACAACAAAGAAUGCUUGAAGAGAGCAAAAAAACAGAACAAAGUAUGGAAUGUAUUUGGAAUAGUUUUACAACUGUGCAGGCUCCCAAUGCUUCUUGUUUUUAUUUUGUAUUUUACACCGGUUUCAGAGGGGACUGUCAAGGUUGGUCAGGACUUCCUGUGCAAUAUACUUUAUUACUGUAUCAAUAAUAAAUCUGAGACAAUUUGA